CUGCCACGGUCCUCAUUUAAAACGAUGAAUUUGAGUGUGCAAAAAACGCGGCAUGUGUAUGGCCCUUUAUACUGCAAGAGUUGUAUGAGAAACAGAUGUUUUGAUAUCAUUCGCUGUUUUGCGUGGUCCCCAAUUAAUCAGUAUGUUCAUUGUUUUCUGUGGAGGCAUGCAAGAAAAACAAAAUUUUCUUCACAAGUUAAAGAUAACUCGGCUUGACAAAUUGAUGUACAAAUGGUAAUUUUGUGGGCAAAGUGUUCCUUUAAUUUAGGUAUUAUAGACCUUUAAGUGGACAUGAGAGGCCAACUUAUUUUAUUUUAUUUUUUUGAUUAAACUUAAAAAAAAAUCAGAGUAAGGCAAAAUUAUUUAAAGCAAGUCUACAGUUGGCUUUGUUUGAAGAGUGGGUCAGUUACUCUUCUCUGGUUAAUACUCAGCCAUAAGUUAAAACCGUUAGUGUCCGGAUGUAACGUUAACUGUCUGUUACCAGGUGACCUCGGUUUUAAUCUUCAUUCAUUUUUAUUAAUAAAAUAAUAUUAGAGUUAACUAGCUUUCUCACAUAACAAUAAUGGCAAUUUAAAAUAAGAUAUUUAGUUAAAAAAUGUAGUCAGAUUACCCUGACAAACUAUCCUGAACGUUAACAGUUAACUUAGCUAACCGACCGUUAGUUAGAAGAAUGACUGUUCUAAUGAACAGUGUGACAGCGGUAACUGUUAGCUAACAAAAGUUACCAUGAUAACUUAUUUUGUUUACUGAAAGCUAAAAACAAUGAGUUAUUAAACUACCUGUGACUGAAAAUCCGUCACCGACUGUUCCCCGGUGGUGACGUGAAGCUGAGCCAGCGGACCGAGAAGGUAGGACCGACGGACCGACGAACGGACGGACGGACUGACAGCCACCGGGGAGUCAAGUGCCCUACUUCUGUUGUAUCGUGUUGGAGAUGUGUUGACUUUUCUGACGGACAUGAACGCGCUUUUUGACCGUUUGCUCAACUUCAUCCUGCCGUUAGUGAGAGGGGAGGAUCGCGUAUGCGCCUGUAUGUGUGGACGGCAUCAAGUCUAUCAUGUCGUUUCAUAUAAUGGGGCCCAGUCCAUUGUGGAUUCAAGGGAAAACUACACCGGGAGUGACAUCAUGAGUCGCCAGGAGAUAAACGUGAUAGUUGGACUGCUCUUGGGUUUCUGCAUCAGCUUGACCUUGCAGUGGUUGGACAGGGUUUGGCGCUCAAAGCUCAAAUACUGGAGGGAAAACCAAAUGAACGUUUCCUGGUCAUGGAUGCCCAAAUUCAGUAACGCAAGGGAGCUGUUCAGGCAAUCACAUCCAAAACACAUGGAGGACUCCGGGGGAAACAUUGAGCAAGAUGUGCACCAUAAUGUUAAUGACACGUAAAUAUAAAAAUGUGGAUUAAAUUCAGUAGUUCAUGUGUGCUGUUUU